GUAAUAAGCAACUUUCCUCGACAGUCUGUGGAGCACGACAUCUACUGUGUCUUUACACAUUUCACUUUUUCUUUCUAAAUCCUCGAUGCGAUAUAUAUAAAGACAAGUUAGAUGUCGUGCUCCACACACCAUCGAGGAAAGUUUCUUAUUACAACUUACUAAGGGAUAAAAUAUAAUUAGUGAAUUUACAUCAUCUGUAAGUUCACAAACAGCAAGUUGGCUUGACUUUUUACUUAAUCCAACAUUUGCAAAUUUAAUUGAACAAAAAACAAAACUUAAAAUAGCAACUGAAAAUCCAAAUGAUAUUGAAUUAAAAGAUAAUCGAAUUCGAGCAUCAAGAUAUUUCGCAAUGAAAAUAGCAGCAAAAUUUAAUUGGAAUUUAUUUGUUAUUGAAAAACGUAUUCCUGUUACGGUUGCUUCGGAUCUAAUUCAUUGUUUCGUACGUUUGACAACUCAAACUGAUAAAAAUUACAAAGAUCGUGAACAAUUACAGCAAUUAAAUAGACUUGAUGAACCAGCAUUAUUUGCUGUUCAAUUACUACAUCGAUGGCUUGGCGUCAAUUUAGCUGGAUAUGUAGAUCCAUUACAAUAUAUGCGUGGACCAAAUGAAAAUGUUAUAGAGUUGGUAUGUGCAAAGAUGAAAGAAAGUGUUCAAGCAUUAGACGCUUUAUUAGAAUGGAAAUCAGUCGUAUGCAUACCUAUGGAUGCGUGUUUUGGUUUAAUUGAUAUUGAAACUGGAUCAGUAUCAUGUGACUGGUCUCGUACACAAAUUUAUCCACUUGUUGAAUGUCUUGCUCGUAUUGCUUAUGAUCUUGGUUUAAUAUAUUUUUAUGAACAAAAUUAUGUUAAUGCAUAUACAAUGUUUCGACAUGUUCAUGAUGUACGAAAUCAAUUAGAAUCAACAAAUUAUUUUUCAUCAUUACAUGGCUAUUUAACAUCACUUAAUGCAAUAAAUCUAUCAAUGGAACAAAGUCAUCUAUUUAAAUCUAAAGAUCGAUUUCUUAUGAGUGUACCAUCACCACGUACUUCUAUUGAAAUUGCACUAUUAGCAGAAGAUAAUGAAAUGAAAGAAAUGACACUAGCAGCUCGACAUCGAUUAGAAGAUCAUCUUGAAGUUGGAUCACAACAAUAUAGAAUUGUAUGUUCAUUUAAUCUAAUUCGAUCAUUACUCGAUGGUAAAUAUGUAUCAAAUACUCAAUACGCAUAUGAUUUUCUUGAAAUAGCAUUACAAAAAAUAAAACAAGUAACACCAAAACAGCAGUUAUUAUUGAACAGUUCUUUAAGAAUUCAUUUUCAUAAUUUAACAAAAAAUUUACAAGAACAAUUACGUCUGAAUAAUUUUGCUCAUCUUUUUGGCUUAACAUUUUCUAUUCCGAUUUUAUGUUCUCGAAUACAACAAUCAAUACAACGGUCUAAUUUAAUAGAAAGAUCAACUAGUGCUAUACAAUUUAAAUGGUAA